AAUUGAUCCUCCACAACUCUAUCUCUCUGCAGCCAAUUCUGUCAAACUCUCCGGAGUACAACUUCGCAUAGUAACCAUGGCCGCUCUUCUCUCCUACCUUCCCCCCUUCGAGGGUCUGCUGCCCAAAUGGCUCUUCUUGGUCUCCGUCGUCUCCGCCGCAAACAGCAUCCAAGCCUACCGAUCGGAGUCCUAUGCCGCAGAUCUCUACAACGGAAAAACUGCUGAAGGUCGCCCGCACACCAACCCCCUCUCUUCUCGGACUUUCGGCACAUGGACUUUUCUUUCCUCCGUAGUCCGCAUUUACGCCGCCUACAACCUCAACAACCCGGCUGUCUAUGAUCUGGCGCUUUGGACUUUUGGCAUUGCCCUGGCACACUUUGUCGGCGAGUGGUUGGGCUUCGGUAGUGCGCAGCUUAAGGGUCGUUUCGUUAGCCCUUUGAUUGUUGCUUCGUCCACGCUGGCUUGGAUGUUGACGCAGAGGGAGGCGUAUCUGGCUGCUUAGGUUGGGCUGGAUCUCAUUUAUAAUUUGCCGGAUUUGCGGCUGGUUGCUUUUCGAUGCAUGUUCUAUUCCUUAGCGCAGGGACAAGCUAUGGAUCGGCUAGGUUAUGAUCAUAU